GUGGACGGAGCGAGAGCGGCGCGUGUCCUGCGCAAAGGCGUUCUCGGCCGAGACGGCUCUGAAGGAAGCGCCAAAACGAGACACUCACAUUCCAGGCUGCUUUUCUGUUUGGUUCUCUGGUCUUGCACGUCCACUGCGAGACCUUUUUAUUCCUAGCCAACCCUCCUGAGGAGUCAAAGCCAUGUCGGACGAAGAGAGCGUGUACUCCGACGAGGAGGAGGAGAAGGGAGGAGAUCCCGAAUUCAUCAAGAACCAGCAGCAGAAGAGCUCUAACCUUGAUGAACAGCUCAAGGAGUACAUCGCUGAAUGGCGCAAACAGCGCUCAAAGGAGGAGGAUGACCUCAAGAGGCUGAAGGAGAAACAGGCCAAGCGCAAGGUCGCUCGCGCUGAUGAGGAAAAGAGGUUGGCUCUGAAGAAGAAGGAAGAGGAGGAACGUCGUGUCCGCGAGGCUGAGGAGAAGAAGCAGCGUGAGAUCGAUGAGAAGAGGAAGCGUCUGGAAGAGGCUGAGCGCAAGAGGCAGGCCAUGAUGCAGUCCAUGAAGAACCAGGCCCAGAAGGGACCCAACUUCACCAUCACCAAGAAGGACAACACCUUCAACCUGUCCAACGCCCAGAUCGAGCGCAGCAAGACCAAGGAGCAGCUCGAGGAGGAGAAGAAGAUUUCUCUCAGCUUCCGUAUCAAGCCUCUGGAGCUGGACGGUCUCAACUCCAUCAAGCUCAAAAACAAGGCUAGAGAGCUCUGGGACGCCAUUGUCAAGCUUGAAACCGAGAAAUACGACUUGGAGGAGAGAAUGAAGAGACAGGACUACGACUUGAAAGAGCUGAAGGAACGUCAAAAGCAGCAGCUGAGACACAAAGCCCAGAAGAAGGGUCUCGACCCUGAGGCUCUUACCGGCAAGUACCCUCCCAUGAUUCAAGUAGCCUCCAAAUACGAGCGUCGUGUGGACACGAGGUCGUACAGCGACAAAAAGAAGCUCUUUGAAGGCGGUUUCAACACUCUAUCUAGCGAAACUGUUGAGAAACUUUGGAAAACAAAGUACGAGAAUUUCAAUAAGAGAAGCAAGGCCAAGCUGCCCAAGUGGUUCGGUGAGCGACCUGGCAAGAAGAAGGGUGACCCCGAAACCCCUGAGGAGGAGGAAGGUGGCAAGGGAGCCGCUGACGACGACAUUCUGGAGGAGCCUACCUUCGAGCCUGAACCUGAGGAGGAAAUAGCUGAGGAGGAAGAAGAGGAAGAAGAAGAAGAGGAAGAGGAGGAGGAAGAGGAAGAGGAAGAAGAGGAGGAGGAAGAGGAAUAAGCGCCUGGAAUCUGAACUCAUCUGCACCAAACAUGAAAAUGCCAACAACAUAAAAACACAACUUUUUAAGUCCGCAACCCAAAUCUCUUUCUGUUUCUUUCAAGUAUCAGUUAGGAUUUGCGAUAUCAGCUGCAAAAAUUCACUGUAUUUAUCAUCUGCAAAUAAAUUUAACACACAAAUAAAAAAUUGCGAAGGAGUUUUGAUUCA